UGCAUGACCAGGUUGGUGUGGUUCAGUUUGGACCCUAUAAGCAACUGUUCAUGCAAACUCUGUCCCGUGGGCGCACCUGUUACCUGGGCCUGCCGUCUCUGCCCUGCUUACACAGUUACCCCCAGAGGAACUGGAAGGACAGCGGGGCUAAAGGAGGUCUGCCAGCGGUGGGCCUGCGUCUCUCUGAUCUCAUUUCCCGCCUGCAGCAGUGCUAUCAGCUGACCACAGCAGGGCGCUUUGAAGAAGCUGUUGAUCGUUUCAGAGCCGUUCUCCUCUCCGUACCACUGCUUGUGGUCGACAACAAACAAGAGAUUGCAGAGGCUCAACAGCUUAUCACUAUCUGUAAAGAGUAUAUUAUUGGCCUCACUAUGGAGACAGAGAGGAAGAAACUUCCCAAAGACACUCUCGAUCAACAAAAGAGACUUUGUGAAGUUUAA